AGGAUGUUUCCCAUGGCCAAAAAUGCUCUAAGUCAUCUCCAACUUCAAAGCAUUCAGCAAACAAUGGCAAGGCAGAGCCGCCAGAAGCGGACACCUGAUUUCCAUGACAAAUAUGGUAAUGCUGUAUUCGCUUAUGGAGCCACUUUCUGUGCUGCUGUAUGUGCAUAUACAGCAACACACAUUGGAAUAGAAUGGAACCUGUCCCCUGUUAGCAGAGGCACCCCAAAGGAAUGGAGAGACCAGUAA